AUGCCUCCCAAAGCCGCUGAGAAGAAGCCCAGUACCGGUGGCAAGGCCCCGGCUGGCGGCAAGGCUCCCGCUGAGAAGAAGGAAGCUGGCAAGAAGACUGCCGCCGCCGCCUCUGGCGAUAAGAAGAAGCGUGGAAAGACCAGAAAGGAGACUUACUCGUCUUACAUUUACAAGGUCCUGAAGCAGGUUCACCCUGAUACCGGUAUCUCGACUCGUGCGAUGUCUAUCCUGAACUCUUUCGUCAACGAUAUCUUCGAGCGUGUCGCGACUGAGGCCUCCAAACUUGCCGCUUACAACAAGAAGUCCACCAUCUCUUCAAGGGAGAUCCAGACCUCUGUGAGGCUCAUCCUUCCCGGUGAAUUGGCGAAGCAUGCGGUGUCGGAAGGCACCAAGGCUGUCACGAAGUACUCGUCGUCUGCCAAAUAA